AUGAAACUCCCAUCGAUGUUCAAACGUUGGUUCUUGAAAAAAGACAAAAGAUAUGCUGAAGAAAAGCAUAAUGCUUUGCUCAGUAUAGCGGAAUUGUAUUCUAACAAAUACGAGAAUAUAUUGGUGGUGCAAAAGUCAGAGUUGGGAGAAGAUUUGUGGUCACAAAUGGGAGAAGCCAAUAAUGAAAUGAUGAGGUAAGUAAACCCUUAUUAUAUUAGUAAUCAUUAUAAAUAUAAUAGCAUAACCUUAGGCAGCGUUGGGUAAAGUAGAAUAGGGUAGGGUAUGUUAUGAUAAGUAUCAUAAAAUAAAAAAUAUAAAAAUAGAUAAGCCUCACCCUACCCUACGAUACUAUAUCCCUACCUUACCCCUAACAUGUCCUACCCUAAUUUACUCUGCCAUAGCUUUAAUUUACAGUACCCUGUCCGACUAACCAAAACAGUUGCUCUUAUUUAUAAACGGAUUUCAGGAUAGCCACCUCUCUGCUAAAAAUCAGUCGCAAAUUCGAUAUCAAGAAUGACAAUUGUCGUGUUUGUUUGGAAGACGAAGCCAUUAAGCCAGUGUUCUGUCUUCAAUGUCUGAAGACGGUCUCUUGUGAACAAUGUUUUAUAGAAUGUUUAAACGAAGAGUUAACCGAUGUUGUCAAAUGUCUCAACUGCCAAAGGAAAAGCCCCAAAGCGUGUAAUUUAUUUGCUGGAUUGGAGGGGCGAAAGGCUAAAGGGGUGCACAAGUUCUAUCGGUCUAAUCAGUUACCAUACAGGUUACGUUUCAUACCAAUAUAA